AAACCGUUACAAUUUAGUCAAAUAAGUAAUACAUUGUGAUAAUGGAGUUUAAUAUUGACAUUACGUAUGUUCUUCAAAAUAGAGACUUUAGUGUGUUGCAGAAGUUAGUAUCACAUUAUUAUAACUUCCGAUCAAAAAUUGCUGCGAAAGUUGAGGACACAAUUGCAUAUGAAAUUGAAUGUAUGGGGAAAAAGACACAAAGUAUUAAUACAAUAUCGAAGCUACAGAAUGAAGUUGAACGUUUGAAAUCUGCCAUAGAUGCAACAACAUUACAGCAGAAAAUUGUAGAUAAAAAGAUUGCUAAUGCAAACAAACAGAAUGAACAAUUAAAAACAGAAGUUGAUGAUGCAAAAUUAAAAAGGGACAAUUUAUCUAUUGAAAUUGUUGAUUUAAAAGAAGAAUCAGAAAAAAGGAAAUUACAAAAGGUAUCAAUAUGGAGUGCUCUAAAACGAGUUUGUCAUACUUUUAAAGAAUAUCUUGAUUUUCGUAUACAAUUAAUUGAUGAUAAGGAACAUGAACAAAUUAAAGUUUUCUUUUUUAUAAAUAGCACUUCUAUAAAAGAUGAGUAUUUUGUGCGGUUACUAAAUUAUGAUAAUCAGUGGAAAGUGGAACAAAUUCAACCUGCACUUAAAGCAGAACAUUUAACUGAUUUUAAAGGAAUCGUUGACUUUUCCAAAAACUCAGAGGUUACAGAUAUAACUAUAUUUCUUUGUAAACUCAGAGAUAUUUUUAUUAAAUAUUACUUAAGUGUGGAAUAA